AUGUCUCGGAUCGAGGAGCUUCCGGAUGACUUUGAUGAGUCGCUCAACCUCAAUGAGAUGCCUCCCGAGGUGGCUCAGGACCUGGCACAACCCGGAUUCGAUGCCUUCGCUGCGUCGAACGAAGCGCCAUUCCCUAUUAACGAGGAGAGGCUGAAGGAAAUGCAAAAGGAUCUCAACGCGCCAGAGUUGCCGCCCGCUAUUGCGGCGAUUAAGUCGCAUUCCAAGGAAGAACUUUUGGACAUGAUGAACAAAACCCCGCUGUUCAUGACCGACAUUGAAAAUGCCGGUGACGAGAAUGGCGAGAACGUUCUCCUAGAUGCGCUUACUGCUAUGCAAAACGAGGGUACCCGAGGCGAGGUUGCGCAAGGUUUCAAAGAGCAGGGCAACGAAGCCGUUCAAGAAUUGCGCUGGAUCGAUGCCAAGGAGUUCUACACAAAGGCUAUUGCUGUCAUUUACUCCAAGGAAGAUAAGUGGGAAAAACCCGAGGAUGUUGACGCGGAGAAGAAGCUGCUGCGGCAGAUGGAGGAGCUGUCCCAUAUCAACCGAGCGUUAUGUAACCUCGAGCUUGGCAACUACCGAUCUUGCACUCUGGACUGUGCAGCCACCCUCAAACUCAACCCGAAGAAUGUCAAGGCCUUUUACCGCUCCUCGAUGGCUCUGUUGAAGCUGGAGAAGAUCGACGAGGCCGAGGACGCCGCUUCAAGAGGACUGGUAAUCGAUGCCAAUAACAAAUCCCUUCAAAAUGCUGCCAAGCAAAUCGCAGAUCGCAAGGCCUCAGUCGCGCGUAUUGUCGCCAAACGCAAGGCCGAGGAAGAACUCGCACGCAAGAAGAACCUGAUUCUCAGCACGGCUCUGCGUGCCCGUCAAAUCAGAACCCGCAAGACCGACCAGCCUCCGGAGAUGGAGGAUGCUAAGAUCAAGCUUGUUCCCGAUCCUCUCUCGCCGGAGAGCUCGGUGGAAUUCCCAGCCGUCUUCCUUUACCCCAUGGAUGCCCAGUCCGACUUCGUCAAGGGAUUUUCAGAACUGCACUCCAUUGCAGACCAUCUUGAAUAUAUCUUCCCUUUGCCUUGGGAUACUAAAAAGGAGUACUCGAUUAACGGAGUUGAAUGUUUCAUGGAGACUGUCUCCGGCGGUCUGAUCAAGGCCGGCAAGAAAUUGCCCCUGUUGCAGAUUCUUACUGGUGGAAAGGUCGAGGUCGUCGAUGAGCUCGUUCGGAUCUUCAUCGUGCCGAAUGCCAAGACUGGUGCUUUCAUCGCUGAGAUGAAGGCUCGCAAAACGGGUUGA